UCUAUCGGCCGCGGCGGGAAGCACCCGAUGUAAACAAGCCAGAAAUAUCGACCGAGGGAUACAGACCCUAAGAUCUUACUUUUCCGGUGCCUCGUCAGUUAACCCUUUUAAUGCGUUUACCGUUAAUCUGUCCAGCACGCACCUCUGAAUGCUGAUAUCCCCUGUCGUGUGUGGCCAGAUGGCAAGAGUUGGAGGGGAGCUGGUCGGAGGAGAGCUCGGAGUCGUUUUAGAAGAAAGUGGAGUGGGAGUGACAUUUGUGGAUCCUCCAUCUCUGGAGUCUUCGGGACUAACUGAAGAUUCACUCAAUGGUGACCUCACAGUGUGUCAGUACAUCCUCCCACAUGAUGUUGGAGUUGCUGGGUUUGAAGAAGUUGUGGAGGAGGUGGAAUUGGGAUCUCCGUCCUGGGAUAACUUGAACAAAUCCUCUUCCUCCUCAUCUCUCAGCCAUGACUCGGGAAUCGGCACAGACCCUAGUCCUGAUGUGUUCCUCACUCUUAUAGAAGAGACUGUAGCUCCACCAGGUCUUCUUAGUUCCUCUCCAAGUCAGGAAGGUGGUGAAGUCAUUGUAGAAAGAAUAUAUGAAAUGAAAGAUGAUUUAUGUUUUACUGAAAGUGCACAUGAAAUAAAAGAUGAACCUUUAGAAACUGUGGAAGAGUCCAUUGGAUUAGACAGAGAAGAGCAAAUGGUGGAGCCGGAGGAACAUUGGUCAAAACGAAUAAAGUGUGAAGAAUUUGGUAAUGAAAGUGAAAUUGAACACAAAAAAAGUACCCGUAUUCGAGUAGUUGCAUAUCAUUGUACAGACUGUAGUGUAAAUUUCACAGAUGAAACUGAGUUUCGAGCUCACAUGGAAGACCACUUGAUCAAACUUCAAAAUUCUUGUGCGCUCUGCAGUACCGAAUUUUCAACAAAAUCAGAACUUCAAGAUCAUAUUAAAGAUCAUUUUUCUAAAAAUUCUUCACACACAUGCAAUGUUUGUGAGCAAAAAUUUGUAUCUAAAAAUGGGUUAAAGCGACACAAGAAACAGCUUCAUAACUUUGGCAGUGUUGUCGUUCUUAAUACUGCAAGCAUCAAAUGUGGUGUUUGCCAAGCUGUCUUUUCUGACAAAGCAACUCUUCGGCAGCAUGCCGCAACUCAUGCUUCAAGAAAGCCCUUUACCUGCGAUGAAUGUGGGGCUACUUUUACUCAAAAUGGUUCACUUCAAGUACAUCUUCGGCGCCAUCGAGGAGAAAAACCAUUCACUUGUCAGUUGUGUGGUAACAGCUUUACCAGGGCACAUAGUCUCAAAGUACAUAUGAAAACACACACUGGAGAAAAGCCAUAUGCAUGUGAAUAUUGUGGUGCAUGUUUUGUUACUUCAUCUCAUUUAACUGUUCACCGUCGAACUCACACUGGCGAGAGGCCAUAUUCUUGCAGUGAUUGUGGCGCAACUUUUAUCACUACUUCACAUUUAAAUGUUCAUCGUAGAGUACACACUGGCAGUGGAAAUGUCACUGCUAGCCCAGUUAGUUGCCCACAAUGCCAAGCUACAUUUAAUGAUCCCGCUCAACUUCGGCAUCACCGUCGCACUCAACACCGUAUGAAUCAUCAGCAAACCUCGCAGGUAGCAUGCAAGGUGUGUGACAAACGAUUUCCAAACACUCGACAGUUAAAUAAUCACAUGGUGCAUGAAUGUGGCUGAGUAUGGCUUACUUUAGGUGGUAUAAUGGCAUGUCUAACAGGAAUAAUAGUGUGGAUAUCACUGCCUCUUGUGAUUAUUGGUAUAUUCCUGUAAAUAAACCAGUAGCUGUUAGUAAAGUCAGUAAUCUUCAAGGGAAGUACAGAGUAUGUAAAUUAUGAUAUCCAACCCACACAUCUGAAAAUGACGAAACAACUAAAUUUUGGCCUGUCCUAGACCAUUAUCAAGUCAUAUAAUGGGAAGACAGUGUCAAGUCUACAGACACAAACAAUACUCUCUUCUAUCAUGUUAGGGACUCCAAUCAUUCUAUAGAUCGAUUGUCUUCUAAAAUAAUCUUUCCUGCCCCCUACUCUUCACAGACACCAUCUUGUCAAAUUGACUCUGAUACAUAAUAUACCAAACAUGAAUCUUAGUCCUGGCUUUGUUGCAGUUGACGCUUCCCUUUCUCAGUUCAGUACAUUUUUAAAUUCUCUAAUCCUCUUAAGAAACAUGAUCUGACUUAGCGUUGCCCCUUCUAAGCUGUCUUUCCUUUCUGUGUCUUUCAUUACUAUAUUUUUUUUCUUUGACAUUUGGCCUCUUGCAGAUUUCUUUUAUUUAUUUUUUACCUCUCAAUUUUUCUAACUUUUUUCUUAUACCCUUUUCCUAUUCUUCUUCCUUUUUCCUUCCCUUCUAAACUUUCCUUAUUUUACCCGAUUCUCUUUACUCUUACCGUUUAUCUUAUUCUUACGUUUCUUCUUAUUCUUAUCUUCCUUUUUCUCUUUCACCCUCUCACCUUUCAUCUCACUCUCAUCCCUUAUAUUGUUUUCUCUUCCACUGUCUUUCCAUUACACGACUUGAUACAGUAAUGGUCCAAGACAGACCGAAAUGUCGUCACUUCUUCAUUUUGAGAUGUGUGGGUUGGAUAUUAACUCUUCAACCACAUUAUUGCGACACAUCGUCUGCUUAUGUAAUACCACUGGCAAGGAACAUGAUAUACUGUAUAAAGGAAGAUGUUUAAAAAGGGGAGCAAUGCCUACGGAUUACCACUGAGUUUAGGCUAAGUUUAAGUUAUGUGAUUGCCUUUGUAAUUGUCUUACAAGUGGCGUGAAGACCGCCCCAGUAGUCUGCCAUACGGGGGGAGUGUUAAGUACCACCCAUGGCAGUAGUAUUGUAUCUAGUUGUGGAGUAGUCUCAGGUGGAUAGUGUUUUAUUUUUGAUUUUUAUAGAAAGCUGCCUUUUGAUGCAAGUAGAAAAACCAAAGAUUUUAAAUUGUGCCAUGCUUCUAUGGUCUAGGGCCACAAAAUUGUAUUUGAAUUUUUAAUUAGUACUUCUAAUUUAAGAAUGUACUGUAUUGCUUUUAUUUAUUGUCUCACUUUUGCUGCACACAUUAGAGAUUUUACUGUGCAAAAAAAGUGUCAAAUUUAUUUAUUUAUUUACACGAUAAUGUAAGCAAUAUUUCUGCUUAGAAGUCAACCUGCUUCAGUGUACAAUAUAUUUCUAAGUAUCAUGAGUUUCGCUGUUUACCGAAUGAUUAAUGCUUUGUUGAUCACUGCUUCAAAUUUUCUACUACACAAAUUGAUUUUAUUCAUGUGAAUAGUCUCACAGAGAUUCCUUUACCUAGUCAAAACAUUGGUUAUUUUCCCUUUUUCAUAAAGCCUGAAUUGCUUCCAAGUUACAACAUGUAAAAUUGAAUUUCCAAGUUCCCAUGCACAUAACAAUAUAUAAUUAUUAUAUUGUGCUGCACUAAGUGGCUGCAGACUCAGAAUGGUACCUGUAUAUAUAGAUGUAUUUUCUUUUAUAGUUAUCCAAAAAUCAUUUGGAAAUCAUUGUGAAGCUGUAUUAGAUUUAAUAAUACUGUGCAUGAAAACUGUACUUUAUGUCUCAAAGAAUCUCUCCAUUCUUUGUGAAUGGAAAUUUAUAUUGGCCACUGAACAAUUAAGGAAAGGCAUGGCUUGAUUUGUAACUUUAUAAGCAUCUAAUAAUUAUGGCAUAACAAACAAGAAGUUACAAUUAGCCAUUAAACAUCACAUGCUGUUGAAGUAAUUGGCAGUUGAACACACUGUUUAAGGCUUUGUGAAAAUUCAUUCACUUGAAGAUACUGGGAAAAAGGGGCCAAAGCUCCUGUGGAGUUGCUCGAGGAAAACUGUGCUGUAAUGCUGGUUCUUGGCUACUACUGUCGAUACUCUGUGCCACUGAUACAGGGCUGAGUAUUGGGAAGGGAGAGUAGUAGAGUCAGUAUUCAGUGUAUGCGGUUAUUUAUUCUUUUAAUGUAUAUUAAAUGUUUCUCAAAUAGUCUACCUUUAAAGUAGUAAUAAUGUAAUGUACAGUAUUGUCAUUACUAUUAGUGGUAUUCUGCUUCAGCAUUUUGCUCCUUGCAGGUAUAAAACUUUGUAUUUUGUGCUUUCGUUAGAACAGGUGCGGCAUAUUGUACUUCUUCCAAAUUUCGUGUGGCUUCCAAUGCAUGAGUCAUUAAUUAAUCAAGUGCUAUGCAGGUCAACAAAGUUUAUGUUUUUUUAUGGUGUUAUGCUGUGAAGGAGCAUAUAUUCAAUACAUUAGGCCACGGCCACUUCUACUGACCAGACACAUUGUUUGAGAUGCAUUUUGACUAUUGAUUAUAAUAUAGGGAUUAAAAUACUGUAAUUUCAGUCAUUAAUGUGACUUGACUUUCAAGAGCAUUUUAAAUCAUUCAUGUUGAUUUACUACCUAGGUAUUAUUUAUAGAUAUAAUGCAACCACAACAAAGGUAGCUUGUUGUUUAAUGAUGUGGAAAUGCUAAGGCUAUCCUUGGCUAAUCGUAACAUGUGAAGAAUUCCUAUGAACCCAUAUGAAAGACUUCUGAUAUUUUGAAUCUUCAUAUUUUUUGUUUGUGCCUAAACAAUUUGCAUUUAUUAUUUCAUCGGUACAUGCAAAAUUAUAAAUGGAACCAUAUAUCUUUUGAGCCAUUUACAAUGCUGUAUCUCAAAAAUACAUGAAACAAUAAUUCUGCAAGUGAACAUUCUUGAUCAAAGUCAGAACAAAGAAUGGCUAAGAGAUUAUUUCAUCAAAAAAUAGGAGCACAAGGUAAAAAUGUUGAGCUUAACAGCAAUAAACAUCAUCAGUGUAGGCUUUUGCACCACACUCAGUAUCACAGGUGAUGCUGGACAAACAUUAUUAUAAUAGAUCACACAGUAACAUCAUGUUUGUCAUUACUCUAACCACUUCAUAUCCUCUAGCUUAAAGAAAAUGAGUGGUUAUUGUUAUUUACAUUUUUCAGCUGCAAAAAAAAAAAAAUAAUAAAAAAAAUAUAUUUUCACUGCAAAAAAUAUGCAUCCCAAUUGUAGCUUAUUAAACUCUAAAUGUUACACUUUGUUGCAGUGAUAUCGUUAAUAAAUCAUAAACAUGCUGUGCAAAAUUGGUUGAUUUUAGGACAUUGAAUUAGGUGAUGUCUAAAAAUGUACCCGAUUUGUGUUAGCUAAAAAUAAAUUUUAUUAUGUAAUAAAAGGAUACAGUACUGUACUAUAACUACUCCAGCCCCUCUAUUGCUGGCCAAAGGAAAUGCUGUUCUUUGUAUAUCAUGCAGAUUAUGUUCUUGUUACCAUGUCAGUAAUUCCAGGCUUAUUGGCAUGAACCUUUUCCAUGAGUUAUAGUCAGAGAAACAUGAAUACUGAAAUUAGUAUGAAUUGAUUAAAUUUCAAGUUUUUUUUUUUUUUUUUUUUAGGUUUUUGAUAUGAAUUACAUUAUAAAGUAUUUUAACCCUUGGAGAGUGGCUAUGGAGAAAUGGUCAUACCCACCUAUGCACAAAAAAUAUAAAACUUCCACAAAAUAAUAUUUAUUAUAGAUUUAUUAAUUUAUAUGCAAUAUGUAAGAAAAACACAAAAAUAAGUGAAUAUUUAACAUUUCGUUGGGUGAAGAUGCUCUGCAAGGCUGCAUUAGGCACUUGUCAAUGCCAGGUGCUUGGCGUUGCUGACGCUCCAUGUUUUAUGCCUGGAUGUUUCACUGAUUGUUUUAUCACCUGUUUUUCUUUAUUUACAUCCACAGAGAACUAUUAGAUCCAUAUUUGCAUCAUACAUGUAAAACCCAGAUAAUAAUUUGGUUAAAUCGUCAUAUGGUGAUGACCGCAUUUCCCUGGUACCAUGACGAUAACCGCAUUCAUACCAUGAAAUGGUAGCAGGAUUUUUCUUUCAUGGGCCAAGGUAAACUCCAUUACCUCCACAUAGACUUAUUAUAUCCAUAUUUGCAUCAUUCAUGUAAAUACUAGACAAUAAUUAUUUAAAUAGUCAUGUGAUGACUAUUCAGUUCCUGUGAAUAUAGUGAACUGAGUUCCCAGUUCCCUAUUCAUGACCUCAGUUCCCUAGGGAUUAUCAGUAGAUGAUGAUUGCAGCCUAAGGGUUAAGGUACAAUAAUUCGUAGCCCAUCUAAGAUGGCUGUUUCAGUAAAUCAGAAUUUAUAUUCUUGAAUAUAAUUUCCAUUAUGUAAAACAAUUCCUUGGUGAAUAUGAUUCCUUUGAUAUCACUUGUCUCAAGUCUUUAUGCCCUUAUAUUGGCAUCUUUAAUCAUAUCUAGGAUUUUUUACUGUUGUGCUAAAUAGUCAUCCAGGCUUGGCAACUAAUUUCGAUAAAUACUUCCAUUAUGCAUGUUUUUAGACAUUUCAACCAUGGAGUUGCUCAUGUCAGAUUUCAGGUUUGGCAUCUAAACACAAAGGCACAAAGUGACAUGUACCUACAUUUAAAUUCAUUGGAACUUUUUAUGGUUUAAGGAAAGACCACUCAAUUAGAGACAAAGAAGAGCAUCUUCAGGUUUAAUCAGACUUGAAGAAGCACUUUGCUGAGCAUGACACCUGUAAUAAGGUGUUAACCUUGACUGGUAUUUUUUUCAACACACUUGCUGGUAUUUCCUACCCCUUGUUUUUGAUUGAGUGAAAAAGUCAACAGAAAUUGUAUCAAAUUUAUCGUUGUAGUGAAAAUAUUGUUAGUAAAAUCCUAUAUCUUAUUUGUGAGAGUUAAUUCAACUUUGGGACAUUUAGUCCUUGUAUUGGCUCUCACAUUUUCAGUUCAAAAAAUCCCAUCAAAAAUUAUAAUAUAAAGCAGUAGAAUUCUUACACUUUGGUGCUGAACGACACAGUCCCGGUGCUCUGCCUUUGAACCAAAACUCGAUCUUACCUUCCUUGUAUCACUUACAUUUGCACACUUGUAAACACAUUAAAGUUGUCACUACUGUGGCAACAUGCACAUCACUCUUUGACACACUUGUGAUGUGAUGACCAAACCACACAUUAAAAGAUGUAGAAACGUCGACAUUUUGAUCCGUUCUGGACCAUUAUCAAGUCCUUAAACACGAUAAUACAGUAGUCCAGGACGGACCAAAACAUCGUCGUAUCUCCAUAUUCUGAUGUGUGGUAUGGUCAUCAUAUCUUCAGCCAUGUUAUUGUGACUCAUUGCCUGCACUUGUGAUAUAUUACCUUAACAUAUGUAAACACUGGGAGCAAUGGUGAAUGCCAUUUAACUCUGAUACAUUGUAAUCAAGUGUUAGUUUUCAACUUUUGAGUUUAUAGUCUAAUGACAACAGAUGUUGUACUACUGACUUUUGCAUGCUAAAUCAACAAAAAUUAAUAAUGAAUUAUUCAAUAAGAGAAGAAAGAAGUUAAAUGAUAGGAUAGUCAUGUGUUCAGCAGGUUUGGGUGUGUUGCACAAUUAUCAGGAUAGAUAUGAUUUUGUGUGUAAUUACCUAAGUGUAGUUACAGGAUGAGAGCUACACUCGUGGUGUCCCGUCUUCCCAGCACUCUUUGUCAUAUAUCACUUUGAAACUACUGACAGUUUUGGACUCCACCACCUUUUCAUUUAACUUGUUCCAACCAUCUACCACUCUGUGUGCAUUUUUUGGGAGGUGGGGGCACCUUUAUUUCCUUAGCUUGAAUCUGCGACCUCUUGUUCUUAUGGUUGCCAGUUCCAAGGAUUCCUCUUUGUCAAUUCAGUGUGUGUGUGUGUACUCGUCUAUUUGUGCCUGCAGGAUCAAGCAUGAGCUCUUGGGCCCCGCCUUUCAAGCAAGGCGGUUGUCUAAAGCAAUAACUUUAGGCCUAUUUCCCUAUCAUAUUUACUUUUAAAAUUAUUAAUAGAGUUUGCUUCUACAACCUGUUCCUUUAGUCUGUUCUAUUUUCCCACUACUCUUAAGCUGAGUGAAAACUAACAUCUCUAUGAUUUACCAUAUAUGAGAGACUAGCUUCCACCCAUGCCCCUCUUGUUCUAUUGGUAUUUAUUGUGAAUACCUAUGUAUGUGUGUAAUUACCUAAGCGUGGUUACAGAAUGAGAGCUACACUUGUGGUAGCACCACUCCAUAAAGGAGGAAAUUAGGCAGAGGCAAAAAAUUACAGACUGAUAUCACUAACCUCACACAUCAUAAAAAUCUUUGAAAGAGUGCUAAGAAGUAAGAUCACAAAUUACAUGGAAUCACAGCAUCUCCAUAACCCUGAACAACAUGGUUUUAGAACAGGGUUAUCACAGUUGCUGGACCAUUAUGACAUGGCAUUAGAUGCAAUGGAAGACAAACAAAAUGCUGAUGUAAUUUACACAGAUUUUGCAAAAGCCUUCAACAAAUGUGACCAUGGUGUAAUUGCACAUUCAAAGGGAAUUACUGAAAAAAUAGGCAGAUGGAUCUACAAUUUCCCGACUAACAGAACCCAAUAUGUAAUAGUUAACAAAAUAAAAUCUGGUCCAUCAACCGUGAAGAGCUCAGUCCCUCAGAGUACUGUGUU